AUAUGUCAUUGUCAAUUGUCGAAUUGUCAUUGAAAAUAUUUUUAAAAACAUAAAAUUUGUGUAGUAAAAAUGGCUCAAAUAAGCACAAAAGAAAAAUUAUUAUACAUAAUUGAUGAUAUGGAACUCAUUUCCAAGGAGAUAAUUGAAAAUUCAAUAGCCCCGAAAAGUUCAAAGCUAUCAGGCCCGGAAUACGCUCAACUUACAGAUCUACUAGUAGCUAAAGAUAACGAAUUAAAGAAAACGUUACAGCUGGCUUCGGAACAAGCGCAAAUUAAUAAAAAAUUGGACACUUUAAAAGCAGAAGUGGAACGCCAAGAUCAAGACAUAAACCAUUUACAAAAACAAUUAAAAGAAGCCGAACAAAUAUUAUCCACCGCUAUAUACCAGGCUAAUCAAAAAUUACAGUCCAUUGCUAGGGCAAAUCGACGUCCUGUAUCUUCAGAAGAAUUAAUCAAAUUUGCUCAUAGGAUAAGUGCAUCAAAUGCCAUUUGUGCUCCAUUGACGUGGCAACAGGGGGAUCCUAGGCGUCCAUAUCCUACAGAUAUUGAAAUGAGGUUGGGAUUAUUAGGUAGAUUGGGUGAUCCAAUGAACGGUCAUAUGUUGGCCCAACAAAACAGCAUGUCAGAUUUACACAGACCUGGACAUCCUGGGGAAAUUCCAGCCGCCCAACAAAAUCAGUUUGCAUGGCAUCCAUCUGGUGAAAUGCACAUAAACGUUGGACAGAGUACGGUGCCAAUGGAUACCAGGAAUCAUAAACAGGAAAACGAAGAUGUUGAAGUUAUGUCUACUGAUUCAAGCAGUAGUUCUUCAAGUGAUUCCCAAUAACCCUAUGGGUUUAUAAGUUAUUAAUGUCGAUUUAAGUAUAAGGUAU